AUGGAAGAGCUUUCCGUUAAUGAAGAGCGGGAAUCUGUUUUACGAGAUGCAGGAACUCUGCUAGAAACAAGUGUUGAGAAUGCUGGAUUCAGUGAUCGCAAUGAUAAUCCUGAAGGUAGAAAAGAAUUUGUUGCACCCGCUAUUGGAAUGGAGUUUGAGUCGUAUGAGGAUGCUUACAACUACUACAAUUGUUAUGCUAGGGAGGUGGGUUUCUGUGUGAGAGUGAAGAAUUCAUGGUUUAAAAGAAAUAGCAAGGAGAAGUAUGGUGCAGUGCUUUGUUGCAGCAGCCAGGGUUUUAAGAGAAAUAAACAUGUUAACCAUCUGAGGAAAGAAACUAGAACAGGCUGUCCUGCGAUGAUAAGAGUGACAUUGGUGGAUUCUAAAAGGUGGAGAAUACGUGAAGUUACCCUGGAACACAACCAUUUGUUAGGUUUAAAGAUUCAUAAAUCCAUAAAGAAGAGCUCUGCAUCCAAGAAGAAGGUGCUUUCGAACGCUGAUGCAGAUAUACGCACAGUGAAGUUCUACAAAUCACUUGUUAUUGAUGCAACAAGUAAUGGGAAUUCACCAAUUCUUGCGCUAGAUCCUAGGAGUUCUACCCACUCUGAUCAGCUGACUCUAAAAAAGGGUGACCCAAGUGCAUUGCAAGUUGUCGAGGAAGGUGUCAUUUCCUUGGACCAUUACAAAGUUGCCUUACAGUAUCGGAAUUCGGAAACAAAGAAAUUCAUGAAGUUCAAAGCUUUCUUAACCGAUCAUGGAGUCAGCCUCUUGGAGAAGAGGAUUUUACCAGCCCUAGACAAACUGGGGAAAACCUGCCAUCUCUAUUUCACCAAAGAAACCGUAUACUUCCUCCACAAUCUCCUCAACGGAGACGGAAUCCAAUCCGUAGCCGAGUUCAAGAAAGAAGCCCUUUUCGAAGAUUAUCACAUCUCUAGCCAAAACGACAACAGAAUUGCUUUCACCAUCGAUCUCUCCCUCCUUCACCGAGCCCUUCGCAGCAUAAUCAACGUUUACGCCGAGUUUAGCAGCCAUGUUAUCGGUGGGCCGGUGGUGAAUCGGCUUCAGAUUAAGCUGGUUAAGAAAUUGCCGGCCCAUUCACAGCAGCCGUCGCCGUUUCUGACGUUUGAGACUAAAGGGUAUAAAUCUGCUGUGAUUCAAGAUGUGCCCAUUUCAAAACCUUUGACCAGGAGUGAAUUGGCAGAACUUGAAGCUGCUCUGGAUUCAGCCCAGGAAAUGCCCAAGACUUUGGUCAGAGUGAAGGAUCUGAAUCAGCUGGAUCAGUUCGUGGAUAGAAUGAAGCACGUUGGGGAUGUGAUGAAUGUGUCUAUAACCAAAUACGGCGAUCUGCAUCUGCAGAUUUCGACGUCUUUGAUCACUUUAGGGGCUGAGUUUAGGAAGCUAUUGGUUUUGGGGGAAAAAGCAGAUGCACCUGGAGGGGAAGGAAAUUUGAGUGUUCAAACUAGGUCUGGAAGGGCUAUUAAAAGGGGUGAUGCCAUGUCGGUGCAAGUUAGCGUGAAGCAUUUUUUCAAGAGUCUUCAAUGUCAUUUGGCCAAGCCUGAUUGUGCUUUCUAUGGAAUCACUUCACAGGGUUCUUGCUUGACUGUGAUUUUUCAGUUCGUCGUUCCAGGUACUCGACAGAAUGAUAAGUCGAUUAGUCUUCAUUGCCGGAUUCCUGUGCUUGAUCCUGGCUCUAAUUGA